GCGGCUGCAGGGGGAGAGGCGGCACCGCCCGCCCGGGAUGUGAGCACCGCCACCUCCGCUGCUGCCACAACCCUCUUCCUCUCCACUCGCGUGAUUCCUCAAACGGGCGUCACGCACAUUAUCCGCCUCAUUUACAUACAUGACACCGCCCAGGGGGACGAGCAUGAUCUGCAGCCGUCGCCUGAAAGCGAACCGUGCGGAGGAGGAGGGGAGGAAAGAAACGCCGAAACAAAGUUUGGACAGGAGCGCGGUGUUUUAGACCGAGCCGAGUGUUUCCACAGCAGAAGAACCAGGGGCGCUCGUCGGAGCUCUUUGCCCAGCAGACUUUUUUAGGGGGGGGAUUUACAGACAUGGACGCUUUGAAAUCCGCCGGAAGGGCAAUUAUCCGGAGCCCCAGCAUCGCCAAACAGUCGUGGGGUUCGGGCAGACAUAAAAAGCUUCCGGAGAACUGGACUGACACAAGGGAGACCCUACUGGAGGGUAUGGUGUUCCAGCUCAAAUAUCUGGGGGUCACGAUGGUCGAGCAGCCCAAAGGAGAGGAGCUGUCUGCGGCUGCCGUCAAGAGGAUAGUGGCUACGGCCAAAGCAAGUGGAAAAAAACUUCAGAAAGUCACGUUAUCGGUCUCCCCACGAGGAAUCAUCCUUUACGACAGUGCCUCUAACCAGCUGAUAGAAAACAUCUCCAUAUACAGAAUAUCAUAUUGCACGGCAGACAAGAUGCACGACAAAGUGUUUGCCUACAUUGUCCAGAGCCAACACAAUGAGACCCUCGAGUGUCAUGCCUUCCUCUGCACUAAGAAAAAAACGGCCCAGGCGGUAACCCUCACAGUGGCUCAGGCGUUCAGAGUGGCGUUUGAAUUCUGGCAGGCUGCCAAGGAAGAGAAAGAGAAACGAGUGAAGUCGGGCUCAGACGGGGAAGGAGCCAGCAACUCCCAGUCAGAGAGCUCGGCCAGCCUGGGCAGCCUGAAGGGAGGAGAGGUGGCCACAGGGAAACUUCUGGACCUGGCUGAGGGAGCCAACGUGGCACAGGUCCACUCAGGGACCAAACAGGCGGAAUCGGAUUCCUUUAUGGAGCAUAACCACGCAACGGAGAACAACAAUACUGUCUGGGAGUUGGAGGACGGUCUGGACGAGGCUUUCUCAAGCCGCAGUCUGGAUAGCUUUGAAUCCUACUCAGACUCGCUGAGUCUCGCACUAACCCCCAGGUCCUGGACAUUGGGGUAAACCCUCAGGACUUCAACACUGAAGAGUGCCUGUCCCCAGGCAAAUGGGACCAAGACGACUCAGACUUCACGGCACAAAAAGAUUUGUUUGGGUGCUAAUAUGAAGCCUCCGCCAAGAAGAGGAAGCAACAGGGAAAGACUUGGCAAAACGGUGGUUAAAAAGAAGAUGAGUAACAAAACGGGACAAUUAGGAAGGGUUCCCAUCCUUGUCCUUGCUGCCAAGUCCUCUCAGUGGUGCAGUUUAGUGGCUGAUGCUACUGCACACAUGCGGACCGAGGAGGAGAACAUGAGCAGGCUGCUCACAGAACAGGCCAAAGCAAUACAAACCAAUUUCUCCCUUUUCUAUGGAAAAAGAACAUGCAGUUAUUUAAUGUUUGUUACAGCCUGUGUGUUACUACCUUUUGUGUCUGUUUACCCAUUCACUGUUUGUAAUAUGGGCUUGUGUACAUAGUGCACAGAGUGUGAAAGUGUGUCUGUUGUUUAUAUAUGUACAAACAGAUAUGAGAGUUACAAGGAGCAGAGUGUGUAACAGGUCAUUAAGUGAGUUAAAGGUCAACAAGGGUGUAGAUGUUUUAUUUACUUACAGAUGUUGAAAUGUAACUGAACUAGAAGCUAAAACUCACUGGUGACGGCCACAUCUAAUGUUGUGCAACACAGUUAAAAGUUACUACCUAUGUGCUUCAAGGCAUCUAAAGCUUUAAAAAUAACCUGUGUGUGUGUGUUUCGAUCAAAGAGUGUGUGUUUGAUAAAUGUAUGAGAACAAGGUGACAAUCUUAUUUUUCUUCUUUUUUUUUCUCCAAUGUGAAAACUAUUUUUACACUCAGCAUUCAUCCAUGUUUAAAAGCACAUAUUUCAUGUAAGGGAAUAUAAUGUCAAAAUGUAUCAAACUCAUUAUUCAGGCUUCUGUACUCUGCCUCUAUUCACUCAUCCUUGUGGAUCUUUAAUGUUUUAUUGUUUGACAGCUUUGAAUCACAGUGGAUUCUUUACGCCGGUUCAACUGAAAUGUUCAGGAUCACUUACGAGAAACGUUUUGUCAGUGUGUCAUCAAACCUCAUGAAUCAACCGUGAUUCAUAGCUGAAUAAACAAAACAUGAAGUCCAACAGUGCAAGUGUUUUAUAGGCACUCUACCCCUGUAUGUUAAUUUAUAAACCUGCAUUGACUUUGGUGGUUUACUUUUUUUUUUCUGGUUAAGGUUCCCUGUGUUAUUGUUGGCAUUUUGUUUAUGUAUGAAUUUAAUUUAAUUCAUUAAUUUCAAUAAAGGCAAAAAUGUAUUGUUAA